AUGGCUUCUGACACUCCCGAAUGGACCGCCCAUCGGGUCCGAGAAACCUUUCUGGACUUCUUCAAGCAGCAUGGCCACACCUUUGUCCCGUCGUCGCCGGUGGUCCCCUUGUCGGAUCCGACACUGUUGUUCACCAAUGCGGGCAUGAAUCAGUUCAAGUCAAUUUUCUUGGGCACCGUGGAUCCCCAGUCAGACUUUGCAAAGUUGCGGCGCGCUGUGAACUCACAGAAGUGUCUUCGCGCGGGUGGAAAACACAAUGACCUAGAUGACGUGGGCAAAGAUAGCUACCACCAUACAUUUUUCGAAAUGCUCGGUAAUUGGAGUUUCGGUGACUACUUCAAAAAAGAGGCGAUCUCUUAUUCUUGGACCCUCCUGACGAAGGUCUACGGCCUGGACCCCAAUCGUCUCUACGUAACCUACUUUGAAGGUAACGAAGCAGGUGGUCUCGAACCGGAUCUUGAGGCAAAGGAAUUAUGGAAGUCGGUGGGUGUCCCGGAAGACCAUAUUCUCCCUGGGAACAUGAAGGACAAUUUCUGGGAAAUGGGCGACCAAGGUCCGUGUGGCCCAUGCAGUGAGGUGCACUAUGAUCGUAUUGGUGGCCGCAAUGCUGCGCACCUUGUCAACCAAGAUGAUCCGAAUGUUCUGGAAAUCUGGAACAACGUUUUCAUCCAAUAUAAUCGUGAAGCAGAUCGUUCCCUGCGAUCUCUUCCCAACAAGCACGUGGAUACGGGCAUGGGCUUUGAACGUUUGGUGUCUGUUCUUCAGGACAAGCCUUCAAACUAUGACACAGACGUCUUCACCCCGAUCUUCCAAGUCAUUCAAAAGGCUACAGGGGCUCGUGAGUAUCGGGGUAUGUUCGGUGCUGAUGAUCCCGAUGGCAUCGACACGGCAUAUCGUGUAGUUGCGGACCACGUGCGGACCCUGAUGUUUGCUAUCUCCGAUGGCGUUAUGCCUAAUAAUGAAGGUCGUGGCUAUGUUAUUCGCCGAGUGCUACGUCGAGGAGCUCCUACGCGCCUGAGCGAUAUGUUCCCUGAGCUGAAAAAGAAGCAGCAAGAUGUCAUGGAGAUCUUGGAUGAGGAGGAAUUGUCCUUUGCCAAGACAUUGGAUAGAGGAGAGCGGCAAUUUGAGCAAUAUGCCCAGCAGGCUAAGGUCAAAGGAGAUGAUAAGCUUCACGGUGCUGAUGUGUGGAGACUUUACGAUACCUUUGGUUUCCCCGUCGACCUGACUCAAAUCAUGGCUGAAGAGCGUGGCCUGCGCAUUGAUGAUGCCGAGUUCGAAGACGCACGACUAAAGGCAAAGGAAGCUAGCAAAGGCCAAAAGAAGGCAGCUGCAAAUGCCGUCAAGUUGGAUGUACACGAUCUCGGGAAGCUGGAGAAGAUGAACAAUGUCCAAAAAACAAACGAUUCUGCUAAGUUUGGACGGGGCAACAUCACAGCCCAUGUUAAAGCGAUUUACCAUGGAAAAACCUUCUAUGAUAGCUCAGAUAAUGUCCCCAAAGGCGAACAGCUCGGUGUCAUUCUUGACUGCACCAAUUUCUACGCCGAGCAGGGUGGCCAGGAGGCCGAUACAGGCAAAAUUGUCAUCGAUGGGCAAGCUGAACUCGAGGUUGGAGAUGUCCAGGUUUAUGCGGGAUAUGUUCUUCACACCGGCUUCAUGAAAUACGGGUCAUUCUCCGUGGGCGACUCAGUGAUUUGUGAAUAUGAUGAACUUCGCCGUUGGCCUAUCAGAAACAACCACACCGGCACUCACAUUCUCAACUUUGCUCUUCGGGAGGUUUUAGGUGAUGGAGUCGAGCAACGCGGUUCACUUGUGGCGGCUGAGAAGCUUCGAUUUGACUUCUCCCACAAGGCCGCUGUGUCUGAUGCCGAGCUGGAGAAGAUUGAGGCGAAAUCCACAGAAUACAUUCGGAAAAAUUGUGCCGUCUAUUCCCAAGAGGUCCCUCUUGCUACUGCUCAGCAAAUCUCUGGUGUUCGUGCGGUUUUUGGUGAGACUUACCCUGACCCUGUUCGUGUUGUUUCUGUCGGCGUCGAUUUGGAAGAGAUCCUGCGCAACGUCAAGGACCCUCAGUGGUCAGAAGUCAGUAUCGAGUUUUGUGGUGGCACUCACGUACAGAAGACGGGCGAUAUCAAAGAUUUGAUUAUAUUGGAAGAAAGUGGUAUUGCCAAGGGCAUUCGCCGAAUCAUCGCCGUGACUGGAGAAGAAGCCCACGAGGUGCAGCGUGUCGCUCAGAAUUUCGAGAAGCGUCUUUCUCUCUUGAAUGCAAUGCCCCUCGGCCCCGAGAAAGAACGAGAAGCCAAACAGGUGCAAGUUGAUCUGAACCAGCUUGUCAUCUCCGCCGUUCAGAAGGCGAGAUUCCGCGAACGGUUUACUGCGAUCAACAAGCAAGUGCUCGAUGGUCAGAAGGCACAACAGAAGCUGGAGGUCAAGAAGGCUGUGGAAACGAUCACGUCCUAUUUCCAGGCACCGGAGAAUCAGAAAUCAUCCUGCCUUGUGGUCAAACUUCCAAUGCCUGCAAGUGCGAAGGCUGUGAGUGAAUCAAUUAACCAUGUCAAGACGAAAAUGCAGGACAAGAAUGUAUAUGUGAUGGCGGUGGACUCUGAACAGAGCCGCGUUGCUCAUGGCUGUUACGUAUCCAAGGAACUUGGUGACCAGGGUGCGUCGGCAAACGACUGGGCUGCUGUCGUUUCUAGUGCAGUUGGAGGAAAAGCAGGCGGCAAAGGCUCGACUUCCAUUGGCAACGGAGUCAAUCCGGACAAAGUGGAUCAGGCCGUCUCGCUUGCAUCGGAUUACCUGAGCAAGUUUAAGCUCUGA